AUGGCCGAGGCGGUCGUGGGGGACGACGACUACGGCGAGGACCCCACGGUCCGCGAGCUGCAGGAAAAGGCCGCCAAGCUGCUGGGGGUGGAGCGGACCUUGUUUGUGCCUACCAACACCAUGGCCAACCUCAUCUCUGUCUCAGGCUUCCCAGUGUGCAUGUGCCCUCUGUUCCCUGCCUGGCCCAACUGACACCCGUGCCCUGAGCUGCGUGGCCCCAAGGGGCAGCAUCGUGGCCAGCUUCCGGUGCAGGCGAUGCGCAGCAGAUCGCUGGGGUGCACUCCCACCCCCUCCCAGACCUGCCCCAUGGCACCCUGGACCUGGCUGAUCUGGAGAGGAUGGUCACACGGGGCCUGGGGAGCCCCUACCACCCGGUCUGUGAGCUCAUUUGCCUGGAGAACACCCACAGCAGCUCAGGGGGUCGGGUCCUCCCCAUCGACUACCUACACCAGGUGCACCGCCUGGCCCGGAGCUACGGGGUCCGGGUCCACUUGGACGGGGCCCGGCUGAUGAAUGCUGCGGUGGCUCUGCGUGUGUCCCCCGCCCGCAUCGUGGAGCACUGUGACUCUGUGUCUCUCUGUUUCUCCAAGGGCCUGGGCGCACCCGUGGGGGCCUUGGUUGGGGGGCCCAAGGACUUCAUCGAAGGAGCCUGGCGCCUCCGGAAAGCCCUGGGCGGAGGGAUGCGCCAGGCUGGGGUGCUGGCGGCAGCCGCCCUAGUAGGACUGGCGGACGCCGAGGAGGUACUGCUGAGAGACCACCAGAACGCUCAGAGAUUCGCCAGAGGAGCUGGCGUCCCCCAUCUGCUCCGUGGACGUCGCCGCCGUGGAGACGAACGUGGUGAUGGUGACGGUGGACGGGCUGGCGCCCGAGGAGCUCUGCCGGCGUCUGCGGGCCGUGAGCGCUGCCGAGGUGGCCCAGACCGGGCGCGCGGUGCGCGUGCUGCUGUUCCCCUGGAGCGAGCGGUCGGUGCGCGCCGUGUGGCACCGCGACGUCUCCGCGCAGGACACCGAGCUGGCGCUGAGGAAGUGGGAGUUCGUGCUGAGGCAGCUGGGGCCCUGAGCGCGGUGAGCGGCCCGUGCCCCUGCCGGCGUCCGAGGGGGGGGGGUGCAGGCGUCCUGAGGGAGCAGGUGGCAGGAGAGGCCGUCGUACAUCACCCCGCCACCCCCUUGUCUCCUGGGACCUUUUCUUCCCACACUCGGGGCCAAGCCUUCCAGCAAAGCCCCGGCAGCAGCCAGCGCAGGGCCUCUGCUCCCAGCUCGAGCCAUUUGCUCGGAGUUGGGCAGCUAAUGAGCGUGUCCCUGCUGGUGCUCGGGGACACGGGAGGAAGGGUGACAGGAGCUCACGAGGGGACAGCGGGGCCCAAUGGUGAGGAGCACUAGCUGCCCGGCCGGGGGCGAGGCCUUAUCUUGAAGUCAUCUAUAUAUUUUUCCCUUUUCUAAAAAUAAAUUGUCCGGCUUUCAAAAGA